CCCAGAUGGUGACCACGGAGGAAGACUUGUGUUGGACCCAAUGGCCCUCGGCCAGUGUCCGUCUGCCAGGUGCCAGCCCCCAGUGCGCUGAAGCUCAGGCCAUUCCUGGCGCCCUGGCCUCCUGUACUGAGCUGUGUGAGCUCUUCUGCCCAGGCAGGCCCCCUGGCAUUGACCGGCAUAGCGAGCUCUUCUGCCCAGGUGGACCCCUGGCCUUAAGUGGGAUAGAUGGUGACCCCAGAGGAAGACGUGCAUUGGGUCCGCUGUCCCCAGGCCAGUGUCUCUCAGCCAUGUGCUCAGCCCCUGGUGAGCUGAAGCUCAGGCCCUUCCUGGCAUCCUGGUCUCCUGCACUGAGCUGUGUAAGCUUGUCUGCCAAGGUGGGGCCCCCACGCAUUGACCGGCCUAGGGUUCGGUGGCUGAGAGAGCAUUGGUUGCCCUGUGUCGGGCCAGUGUUCUGCAUGCAUCCCAUCACAUGGAUCCAUGGAGGAUGUCAAGCCUGGAGGAAGACUUGCACUGGGCCCAAUGGCCCCAGUUCAGCAUCCGUAAGCCAGGUGCCCAGCCCCUGGUGCACUGAAGAUCGGGCCCUUCCUGGCGCCCUGGUCUCCUGCCCUGAGCUGUGGGUUCAGUGGCAGACAGAGCAUCAGGUGCCCCAUGUCUGUGAUGGGCCAGUAUUCCACGUGGAUCUCAUCACAUGGGUCCAUAGAAGGCGAGCAUCCCUGAGCUGGCACACCCCACCUUCUGCCGGCAUGGAGGGUGAACUCUUUUGCCCAGGAGGACCCCUGGUCUUGAGUGGCAUAGUGAGCUCUUCCCCCAGAAGACCCCCUGGGAUUGACUGGCAUAGUGAGCUCUUCUGCCCAGCAGACCCCCUGGCAUUGACCAGCAUCGAUGGUGACCCCAGAGGAAGACUUGCAUUGUGUCCACUGGCCCUAGGCCAGUGGCGAUCAGACAGUUGCCCAGCCCCUGGUGAGCUGAAGCUCAGGCCCUACUGGCGCCCUGGUCUCCUGCAUUGAGCUUGUGAGCUCUUCUGCCCAGAAGACUCCCUGACAUUGACCAGUAUAGAUGGUGAGACUGGAAGAAAACUUUCAUUGGGCCCAGUGUCCCAGGGUGAGUGAUCAUCAGUCAGGUGCCCAGCCCUUGGUGUGGUGAAGCUCAGGCUCUUCCUGGUGCCCUGAUCUCUUGCACAGAGCUGUGUGAGCUCUUCUACCCAGGCAGGCCCCUGGCUUUCAGCAGCAUAGUGAGUUCUUCCAACCAGGUGCAACCCCCUGGCAUUGACCAGCAUAGGUAUUGAGCCUGGAGGAAGACUUGAAUUGGUCCCAAUGGCCCCAGGGCAGCAUCCAUCAGCUAGGUGCCCAGCCCCUGGUGCACUGAAGAUUGGGCACUUCCUAGCACCCUGAUAUGCUGCACUGAGCUGUGUGAGCUCUUCACCCCAGGCGGGCCCCGUGGCAUUGACCUGCAUAGAUGGUGACCCAGGAAGAAGAAUUGCAUUGGGCCCGCUUGGACCCGGGCCAGUGUCCCUCAGCCAAGUGCUCAGCCCCUGGUGAGCUGAAGCUCAGGCCCUUCCUGGUGCCCUGGUCUCCUAAACAGAACUGUGUGAGCUCUUCAGCCCAGGUGGGCCCCCUGACAUUGAUGCUCAUAGAUGUUGAGCCUUGAGGAAGACUUGCAUUGGACCCAUUGGCCCCAGGCCAGCGUCUGUCAGCCAGGGGCCCAGCCCCUGAUGCACUGAAGUUAGGGCCCUUCCUGGUGCCCUCGUCUCCUGCAUUGAGCUGUGUGAGCUCUUCUGCCCAGCAGCCUCCCUGGCAGUGACCAGCAUAGGGGUAACAGAGGUCCAGGCAAGAGAGGGUUCUUUCAACCCAACACUGCAGAUCCUAGCUGAGACUUGGUGCACAGAUGGUGACCCUGGAAGAAGAAUUGCACUGGGCCCACUGGCCCCAGGAAAAUGUCCCUCAGCCAGGUGCUCAGCCCCUGGUAAGCUGAAACUCAGGCCCUUCCUGGUGCCCUGGUCUCCUGCACUGAGUUGUGUGAGCUCUUCAGCCCAGGUGGGCUCCCUACAUUGAUGCGCAUAGAUGGUGAGCCUGGAGGAGGACUUGCAUUGGGCCCAAUGGACCCAGGCCAGUGGCCAUUAGCCAAGUGCCCACCCUGGUGUGCU